CUGUCAUCUGUCCGUAGAGUCGCUACACAACUUAAUCGAAGGCGCGCGCGCCGGUACGCAACACGUUUCGCGUUCACACAACUCAAAACGCUCGUUAUCACAGUGAUAUCAAUUAAACCCACCUAAAACACACUUAUUGUACACAGUGAAAUAUUUCGUGGUAUUUAUAGUGAUAUAUAUGUGGGAGAAAAGUUGACACAAAUCCGUGCCACGAGCCAUGUGACUGCAACGAAAGCGGAUAAAUAAAAGUAAUGUGGUUGGGGGCGGUAGUGGUCUCCCUGUGGGUGGCGCUCAGCACUGCGACGCUGUGCGAAGAGGCGCGUAUGCGCUGCGCUUACCGCAGUGGGUGUGGUGCAGCUCUCAACAACUACAUGAUGCUGUGCAGCGACGUGCUCGCCCAGCCCUCUGACCACUGUCCCAAGGAGUGCGAGCAUGCCCUCAUAGCCCUAACGUCUACUGAAGAGGGAAAGGAAUUAAUGAAUUGCCAGUGUGAAGAUGAAUACUGCGUGGACGCGAAACAGAAGAUCUAUGUGUGUCGGGCGCAGGUUUUGAAGGGAGCUGCUGACGCUACCGCCUCCUGCCGCUUAUCGCAGCUCAUCUGCCAGGCUGAUUCACAGUGUGGCACGGCAUUAGUUUAUUACAACGACAAUUGUCGCUCAGUUUACCGCGGAAGGAAAUGCUCUAAGAAGUGCCUUAACUCAAUUGAGAUUUUAAGGAAACAAGAGAAGGCCGCCGCAUUAACAGCAUGCAGGUGCGACGGUAAUGAAGAUUAUGAUUGUCCGAGGAUGCAAAGUAAUCUAGCGAAGUUAUGCUUUCACAAACAUUUGAAAAACCACACGAGGAGCCACGAAAGAGGGUAUGAGAGACACCGGAAAACGCAGCACCAUGAAGCGUCUGCAGCGAACAAAUGUAUUAUAUCUGUGAUUAUAAUUUCUUUAUGCCUUCUCUUUAGCUUGAAGUUCAAAUCGUGACGGUGUUUUACCUCAUAGGAGCAAAGAUGUUAGUAAACAAAUACGUCAAUGUAUAUAAGUUUGUACAAAUAGUAUUAAGGUCGCAAGGUUGCGUGUGUGUGUGCGGAUUACUUUAAGUUGUCGUUUAUUUGAGUGUACUUGCAGUUAAUAUAGAUAUUCGAAUAAGACUUAUACGCUUUCGCCGCCCACGGGGGCGUGCGCGGGCGUCGCUAUAAAUACGGCGGCGCCGGUGGUCCGGUGACAAAUGCUAGGGUGUAUCGUCCCGACGCCAAAACUACGCCGAUUGAUCUAACGGUUGUCUUAACUUGUCAAGUAAUAAUGAACGCGCACAUUUAACAUAUCAAAAAUUUGUUUCACUCGUAUAAAUGACAGCGAGCGAGAGGUUAAAGGAAGUGGGUGUUUCCAGUGUCUCUGUGUGUACGCUAAUCGCCUUUGAGUCGGAAGUGUUAUGCGGGACGCAGAGAACGUGGCGUUGUCGAAAGAGCUCUUUUUUUAAAGUCAACUUCCUUUGACUCCUGUCAUCCGUUCGUUUUAAUGACCAAACUGAAUACAUGAAUCAUUAUCCAGAAUAUAUAAACCAAUUAACCAUGAUCUUGUGUCGGGCUCAGAAAAAGUUGCAUAAGUUUAACCAAAAUUGAUGUUCCGACAACAUUAAUUCCUUAUUUGAAUUUAGUGUAAUUUCACUGUCCCCAAUUGAACGUUUCCAAGUAUGAAAUUUCUUCGAAGUGAGUGACAGCGUGGUUUCUUCAUAAGUCUCGGACCUUGUAAUGAAGAUAUUGGAACCGGUUCGGGGCCCCACGGUCCCACGUGCGAUGCUCCGAUUGUUGCCGCGUAAAAUGAUACCAAACAUACAUUUUUAAUAACGUAAAGAUUUAUUAAAAAUAUUUCAAUUUUGUUUAUAAGAAAAAGGCUGAGAUUAUUCAAAGAAAACGAUUCAAAACCAGGCUUAAUAUAAGAAUUUAAACAUUGCUUAUUCAUUACAUAUACAGUAACUUCGAAAUGGUUUCAAAAAAGAUAAAAAUAAAUACAAAUCCAAAUCGCUAAACAGAGGUGCUGAAUUUCGUAAGAAUUUCGAAAAUUUACAGUAGGUACAUAACUUGCCCUCUGAUACCAUUCAAAUUCAGGAUUAAGAAUAUAGUCUCUGUACUAGAAACAUAUAAAAUUCCUUUACAUUUUAGUAUUCAUGCCAACAGAAUGUAGUUUACUAAUGCUCCAACUGAACACGCUAUUGCAUUAUGCAGUGCGUGGUAUCCUAGGAAUAUGAAUGAACUUCCAACUUGGCGAUGACAUUCAUUGCUCACACGAUAUUUAUUAUACAUUUUUCCUACAUUCAUUAUAUCAGCGCAGCGACUUUAUUAAAUUAUGUACAUAUAUCAGUAAAAUUAUAUAUAUGUGAAAAAGUAUAAUAUUAAGUGCAUUUAUAUAAAAAAUGCGACAUUUUUGGACUUUCUACAACCAAAUUGUACUUCUGAAAGCAUCCCAUUCGUGGAAUUUUUUUUUAUAAAAUCCUCUUCAUUAAUUCUCCAGUGAGGAGGCACUGGUGGAUAUGGUUAAGAAUUCUUUUGUCGUACUUAAAAUUAUCCAGGCGCUUUUGGGUAACAUACAUAAAUUAUUUCGAUGUAUUAGAAACUUCUUCUUAGACCAGCUAAACAUGUUUUUAUUAUAUAAAAUGCCUUUUUCUAAUUAGCGAGCGAAUAUGUUACGAAUAUUGUGAUGUGUGUUUAGAAUAUGUAUUAAUAUUUUUAAAAGUAUAUUAUCACGAAUUGUUUUUAUAAUAUAAUGUACAAUUUUAAUAAAAUCUAGUAUAAAUGGGAUUGAGUGUUGUUUGUAAUUUUAUAUUAUAUUGUAAUUUAUUUAAGCACGAACAUUUAAAAGAUAUCUUUGAUCACCACCCGUUUAAUGACAAAUAUUUUGGAUUAAUGAGAAAUCUGUUACGAUUUCUGCUUUAAAGCAAGGUUUUAAAUUGUAGAUUUAAUAUUUUAUUGCAGGAUUGUGAUGGAAUUAUCAUUAAGCGAGUACUACAUGUAAACGAAUACUUUUUUAACGGAAAUAUAAUGUUUUUGUUAGUCUCGUUUACUAGGUAACGUUAACUCGUCAACUUUGAUUUAUAUUAUCUUAAACGUGUUUUAAUCUGGCAUUUCUUUUAAUUAAUAAUUUUAAGGUCUUAGUUAGGGAAACUUUAUUAACCACAGUUUACCAAAGUGAGAUUACUAGAUUUAGCAAAAAACUGUAAAUAUCAAUUGUAAACAAUUUUUAAUAUUGAUUAUCGUACAAAGUAUUUUAGAAUAUAGAUAUUUAUUAAUUUACUUUAAGUAUGCUUUUAAGUAUUUGUUGCAUUGUUUCGUUUUUUAACAAUUAAGGAUUUCAGUUGUAUUUAUCAAAAAUUCAAUAAAAUUUCUGUUUUCUA